AUGGAGGAGGCGCCCAUCAGUGUGGCGACGCUGUACCAAAACGGCGAUCCUCUGGGGCGGAAGGAGCUCGGCCGGUGCGUGGUGGAGUGGCUCAGGCAGGGAAUGCGGUCCCUGGCGUCCAAGCUGGCCGCGGCCGAAAUGGCAGGCGACCUCGUUCCCACGGCAUUGGCUCUGGAGUGGGGGUCGGCGGAAGGCAGGCUUGGGUUCGUCAUCCAGGCGCAGCCUUACCUCUCGGCCGCGCCCAUGCCCCAGGGUCUGGAGGCGCUCUGCCUCAAGGCCUGCACGCACUACCCCACCCUGUUCGACCAUUUCCAGCGUGAGCUCUGUGAUGUUCUGUUGAGUUACCAGAACCAGGGGCUCAUCUCGGACUUGCGAGCCACGCAGCCAUGGAGGAUUUUGGAAGAAAUGGCCAAUUCUUCAGAGCACCGGGCUGCCAUGCGAACGACAUCUCCACGGCCUAAGGCCGUGCACAGCAGCAUUGGUAUAACCCUUAAAAAGGUGAGUCUGAUGCAGACCAGAAUUGAAGAAUUUGUUAGACAUAUGUCAGAUCUUCUUCGGAUUGAGCGGGAUGUGGAGCUGGAGUUUACACAGGAGGAGCUGAAUGCCCCUCCAAUGCUAGAUGAUGAUUCCAAGCCACCUAAGCCUGUCGAGUACUUGGUGAGCCAUGGGCAGGCUCAGCAGGAGCAAUGUGACACCAUUUGCAACUUGAAUGUGAUCAUCAGCUCCAUUGGGUUGGGAGGCCUGCAUUUGGUUCUAUUCAGAGUUGAAGGUGGGCAUAAGCUGCCUCCAACUACAUUGUCUCCUGGAGACAUGGUUUGUGUGAGAACAUGUAACAGCCGAGGUGAGGGCACCACUUCUUGCAAGCAAGGCUUUGUUUAUAAUCUUGGGGAAGAUGGUUGCAGCAUAACUGUAGCUCUUGAAUCACGCCAUGGUGAUGCUACCUUCUGUAGGCUAUUUGGGAAAAGUGUGCGAAUUGACCGAAUUCAGGGAUUGGCUGAUUCUCUUAGAUAUAAGGCUACUUGGAUAACACGGUGCCCACUGCUCUUACUUGACACCCGGAUGCCAAAUGGAGCCCUAAACAUUGGUUGCAAGGAGCACUUAGAUCCUGCAGGCACAGGCUCGUUUUAUAAUGAAGGAGAAGCAGAUAUAGUCACACAGCAAGUUCUUAAUCUAGUACUCUGUGGAGUGUCUCCAACUGCAAUUGCUGUUCAGUCACCCUACAUUGCUCAAGUGCAAUUGUUAAGAGAGAAGCUAGAAGAAUAUCCUGGGCUUUCUGCUGUUGAGGUUUCAACCAUAGAUAGCUUUCAGGGGAGGGAGGCAGAUGCAGUGAUCAUAUCAAUGGUUCGCUCGAAUCCAGUAGGAGCUGUAGGGUUUCUGGGCGACAGCAGGCGCAUCAAUGUGGCUAUUACGAGAGAACGCAAGCACGUUACAGUGGUUUGUGAUACCUCCACUGUUUGUCACAGCACCUUCCUUGCCAGGCUCCUUCGCCAUAUCAGGCGGUAUGGCCAAGUAAAACAUGUUGCCCCUGGUUCCUUGGAUGGGGUUUCUGGCCUCGGCUUCAGUCAACCUACUCUCCCCUCUAUCAGUUAA